ACUCUGUGUUCAUCUGCCGGUCUUUUUUGUGGAAUACGUUCGUCGAAUAUUUGACAAGGACAUCUGAAAUCGAAGAUAUGUUGUGCUCCGAAGAUAUGCCAGUCGAUUUCAGACAACAGACGAUAUCAAUGAAUCGUGACACGAUUAUUUUUUUGUUAGUGCUUUUGUUUGAAUGAUUUUUCAACAAAACUCGAUAUGACGAUAUUUCUUAGAAAUGCUUUAUUCUUCUUAUGAAGACAAUCGAGUUUUUUUUUCAAAAACAAAAAUCAUAUCUAGACGUUUGGAGCUUAGCGAGGACAUAAUAAUGGAUAAGGAGAAUAUGGAGCCUCUCAGUCCGAUGAAAAUUGACGAGAUGUCAUUCUACGAAAAUGACAGUCCACCGAGGAUGGAAUGCACGGGCACGUCGCCGAACCACUGCCCCCACAAUACCGUGGAAAUGGUAGACGAUUUCGAUCCGAAUUCCCAGGAUUCCGGAUACGGGGCGACUUACAACGCGACGCUGCGAAGGUUCGUCUCCUUCACCUCGCCAUCCAGGUCGUCCAAGGCGUCCUUCGGUUCCCUCGGCUCGAACGAUGACGACUUUCUGGAGAGCAUGUCCGAUUUCGAACCGAUCGACGAGAAUCUGCCGGUCAAUUUCAAGACCUUGAUCAAUGGCGAGCUGUCCACGAUGACCGAAAAUGUCAACUACAGGAUGUCGCCCCAGGACACGACAUUGAGGCCACUAUUCCGCCGAGCGUUAUCUCUGCAAAACGAAUCUACCACGCCGAACACGCGCAGGGUUAGGAGCUGCCUGUUCAAGGGUGGAGAGGCCAAGUCGUUCAAGAGGCCCGAACCGCCAAUAGACGAGACCAGUCCUUUCCAGAGUAAAAGAACGAGGAUAUUUUCGGACAAGGAGAACAAGGAGAACAUCGUCGCCAAACCGGUACUCAAACGCGCCUUCUCCGCGUCAGAAGAAACGAUCAAAUUCGCGGUACAGAGGUCGGCCGAAGAGGAGCUGAUCGGCGACUUCAGCAGGACUUACGCCCUUCCGUUGACCCAAGGGAGGCACCAGGACCUCAAAUCGAUCACGUCGCACACCCUAGCCAGACUGAUGAGGGGCGAAUUCAGAGAUACUGUGGCCUCGUACAAAGUGAUCGAUUGCAGGUAUCCGUACGAAUUCAACGGCGGCCACAUCGACGGCGCCCUCAACAUCUACACCAAGGAGCAAUGCCUGGAAUUGCUAAACCAGCAGAAUAUUGACGAUAAAGACAACAAAGUGAACAUCCUCAUCUUUCACUGCGAAUUCUCGAGCGAGCGAGGACCUAACCUAUUCAGAUAUUUGCGUCAGAUGGACAGGACCAAAAACGAGGCUGCCUAUCCUGCGCUCCAGUACCCUGAGAUCUAUCUGCUGGAAGGUGGUUACAAAAGUUUCUUCACGGAAUUCUCUGAGAUGUGCGUCCCGGUAGCGUACAAGCAAAUGCUGCACCCUGGGCACGAGGAGGACCUGCGCUAUUUCAGGAUGAAAUCGAAAACUUGGAAUUCCGACACACGCCAAAGAUCGCACCGCGUCAAUUUGAAAAGAUUAGGACUUUGAUUUUCCCACGGAUCGUGCGAAUUGGUACGGCUGGUUUUCGCUCCUUUUUCGAGGCAGUCCAUUUGUUCUGUUACAACACACCGAUUCAUGUAAAUAAGGAUCGUUUCUUCUUUUUUCUUGUUGGUGAAAUGAACAGAUGGAUUGUAAGAGACUGAUAUGUGAAUGUUGUAUAUAAAAUUCGGGAUGCCUAUUGUACAAAUUGCGCCAUAUUGGUAUUGAUGACUUCAUGGUCACAAAUUGUAAAAACUGUAAAUAAGAGUCCCUAAGUACCUAAAAUUUUAUAUAGUUCAUCCAUUGGAUAUAGUUACUUACAUCCUUUGCAAUGCUAUCACCAAAGUUUUCUUUUGUUGUUUUAAACAGUUUAUAGACUGGCUAACAGUCUUUUUUUUGUGCAAUUUAAUCAGCAAUAAUAAUGUGAUGUUGCAUUCUCCUACCAGGUCCCGUCUUUUUGGUUUUGCUAUAAGCACUGGUUUUUGUUUGCAGAUUUUUAUUCAUUAUUUAGCUCCUAAUUUUAGCUCAGUAUUCGAAAAAAUGCAUCAGCAUAUUGCCAAUGUGUUCCAGCAACAGGUGAAAAUAUUUUACCAAUUUUGAACUUAUAGUUGUGAUUUUUGUACAUAUUUCUAGACUGAAUACGAUUGCCCUUUCCCUGUUGCAAAAAUAGUGAUACCCAACUUGUAAAAUAUAUUUUUUUAACUUAUAAUAAAUGUCUAUUCGUGAAUAUCUCA